AAUUGAAAUUUUUUUUUUCCUUUUCAUGCACUCUGGUGUGAGGUGUUAUUUCAUACCGAAAAUGCCUUCCCCUUGGGCAAGCUCAGCUUCCACAUCAACAACCUGAAAUAAGGCCAAACUCCACGUCGGCAGCCAAAUCUGACGUCGUUUCCCGUUUCACCUUCCUCACUUUCCCCAAAUUUUAUUUAAAAACCAACCCUAUUCGCACCCUCUUCUUUCUUCUUAUUUUACCCAAUCGUGUCUCCAUUCGUGUUCAUCGCAUCUCAAGCGAUUGGAAGGUUUUUCAGAGUUUUCUUCUACAUUUGCGAUCUGAAUUCGACUCUUGCUUGCUGGCGGCGAUCUCUCCGAUAGUCUUGUUAUAGGAGAUUUAUCCAUAGUUUGCUACCAUAUAGAGUCCAGAAAGUAUCACUUCCACACAAAAAUGCAUUUAACCCUUCUGUCAGUGCUCAGUGGUAAUGCUCACUUUGCAUCUCCUCACUCUUAGAGAGACUAAUUCAUCUCUGCAAUUGCCCAAUAUUGCCUUGAAGAAAAUGGAUCCUGAUUCAGUUAAAUCGACCUUGUCCAAUUUAGCAUUCGGUAAUGUAAUGGCAGCAGCUGCUCGAGAUUAUCAAAAGGAAGUGCUAUCUCAGCAGAAGGCACAAGCUUCCAAUUCAAUCAAUCAGGAGGUUGAUCUUGAUGAGUUAAUGGAUGAUCCAGAGCUGGAAAGAUUGCAUGCAGAUAGGAUUGCAUCUCUUAAGAAAGAAGCUGAGAAGCGACAGGCUUUAAAGAAGCAAGGGCAUGGAGAAUACAGGGAGGUAACUGAGGCGGACUUCUUGGGUGAAGUCACUGGGAGUGAAAAAGUAAUUUGCCACUUCUACCAUCGGGAGUUCUACCGGUGCAAGAUAAUGGAUAAGCAUUUGAAAUCCCUUGCACCAAGGCAUAUGGACACCAAGAUUAUCAAGCUGGAUGCAGAGAAUGCACCAUUCUUUGUCGCCAAACUAGGAGUCAAAACUUUGCCUUGUGUCAUCUUAUUCAGAAAAGGGAUUGCAGUAGAUAGGUUGAUUGGGUUUCAAGAUAUGGGAGGAAAAGAUGAUUUCGCCACUAGGACACUCGAGGCUCUACUUAUAAAGAAAGGUAUAGUUAGUGAGAAGAAAAAAGAUGAAGAUGAUGAAGACAGGGGUUAUCCUGAAAGCAGACGCAACACGGUGAGAUCAUCUGUGGAUCCAAACUCUGAUUCAGACUGAAAUGGAAAAAGUAAUUGAAGAGUUCAAUUGUGAUUGUGAGUUGCUUUUGGAAUGCUUAUUAGUGUGAUAUCGGUUUCAUAGCCAUAGGCAUGAACCAAUAAACAGCUGAAUUAAUGAUGGUAUUUGGGGAGAGAGGAAGUUCCUCCUUAGGAUAUAUCCUAGAGGUCAUUGUAGAUUAUUUGGUUUCAUUUUAAUUAAAGCCUUGGAAUGGUCCUGUACUUGUGUAUGGAUGUAGGGCGGGAAGAAAAUUCGAGAUAGAGAUUGAGCUUGGGUAUAUUUGAAUAUGAGAAAAACUACUAUUUUUGGUUGCCUUGAGGCAGUGGAA